AUGGUGCGAUCGGUAGCUCAGUGGGGGGGAAAUCAAGCCCAAGCGCAGGUGCAAGCCCAGGCCGUGGAGGGAAUGGGGGGAAAAACUGAGGCAGGGGAAGAGGAGGAGGAGGAUGAGAGCAGAGCAGGGGUUGUGGAGCAGAAGCAGCAGCAGCAGCAGCAGCAGCAGCAGCAGCAGCUGGAGCAGCAGCAGCUGGAGCAGCAGCAGCAGGAGGAGGGAAACGUGCAAGAGCAGACCCAAGGCACUGCUCCCCGUGUGUCCAUCCGCGUACAGGCCUUCCCCAAGCACUUCGAGCGAUGGAUAGCCACGCACCUGCCCCCCUCUUUGCCCCUUGACCCCAAACGCUUCACCCACACCCUCAGUGCAGUUUCCACGGCUCCCCACUUCUUCCCCUUCCACCCCCGCCAGCCUUCCAUCUCUGCCUCCCUCACCCCGUUUCACCUGCUCCCUCCCGUGCCCCCCUGCUGCUGCAGCAGCAGAGGCGGGGAGGGGUGCGCGGGGGAAGGGGAGGGGGGAGGGGGAGAGGGAGGGAAUGAGGGGGGAGAGCGGGGAGAGGGGAUUAAUGGUCCAGCGGAAACUCCUCACUCAUCCACCAUCACAGCGCAUCCCACCAUCCCACAAAACCCCCCACCUUCCACGCCCCCACCACCCUCUCCACCACCCUCCACACUCUCCCCACUCUCCCCACCACCCUCCUCCUCCACACUCUCCCCACCACCCUCCUCCUCCUCACUCUCCUCGCCACCCUCCACGACUCAAACCUUCCCUUCGGACCCCCCUCAAAACUCAGAACACCGCUCCUCAUCUGAGGCUCCCCAAACCUCCCCUCCUCCUCGCCGCACGCGCCGAGACUGCACCCCAGUACCGCUCGUCCCUCCCGACGCGCGCAUAUUCUUCUCGCUCUCCCCCGCGCGCUCCAUGUGGCGCCUGGCGAGCGACCGCAAGGCCGGUAGUGACGGCUGUGCCAGCAGUGCUGUGAGCAAGCUGGAGGAGGUGCUGCACGUGGUGGGGUGGCGGCUGAGAGAGGAUAUGACAGCCAUGGACGUGGGAGCAGCACCGGGGGCAUGGACGGAGUAUCUGAGCGCCAGGAUGCGCCACGUGCUUGCCAUCGACCCCGCAGCCCUCUCGCCUGCUGUCACGGCCCGGGGGAACGUCACCCACAUCAAGAAGAUGGUGGAAGAUGCGUGGGAUGAUGUGCAAGCAUGGUCCCUGGCAUGCCAAGCUGAUUCUCAACCACAGCCCACUGGUGCUGAUGGGCACGAUACUAAUCGGGUGCAUGAACCAGGGACAGACACCGCUGCACCCACCACCAGCAGCACCAGCGGGAUCACCAGCAGCAGGAGCAGCAGCGGCAUUGCCAGCAGUGUGGGCACCACACCUAUGACAGCAGGGAGCAGUGAGCGUGGUGGUGGUGCUGGCAUGUGCCAUGGCCUCUUCUGUGACGCCAACAAGCACCCCCUGCAGGCUGCAACGCUCGUGGCGCCACUGCUGCCCGCACUGGCCUCUGGGGGAAUACUGGUGGUUACCAUGAAGUGCCGGGGACGGGGCAGGGACAAGGAGUUAUUGACGCAGCAGUUGACUGAGGCUCUUCCUGUAUCCUUCCGUUAUGCUGAGUGUGUGUGGCUUAUGGCUAACUCAGUGUUCGAGCGCACGUUUGUUGGCAUCAAGGCGUAG